AUGAAUGAAUACGCGAAUGAAUGGACAAGGAGGUGUUUUGACGCUGGGCUUCCAGUUCCCCGAGGCUUUUUCACGAGGCAUCGUAAACCAGAAGGAACAUCAGUGCUCGCCCAGGCCAGUAAUUCCCAAGUUCUUUGGGAGCAGCCUGAGGGAUGCCCUUCACUCUGCUUUCAGAAUGCUUCCCCGGCAAGGACAUCUCCAGCCGGGGCAUCUCCAGCCGGCACGUCCCCAGCCCUGGUGUCUCCAGCUGGCACGCCCCCGGCCCGGGCGUCCCCUUCCAGGUCAUCAUCUGCCAGGUCAGCCUCCACGACAUCCUCUCCGACAAGAGUAUAUCUUGUUAGAGCAACACCAGUGGGCGCCGUGCCCAUCCGGACAUCUCCUGCCAGGUCAGCACCAGCCACGAGGACCACUAGGGAGAGCCCAGGUAUCAACCUGCCCAAGUUCACCUGGCAGGAGGGCCGGAAGCGGCUGCCGCUCAUCGGAUGUGUCCUCCUCCUCAUCGCCCUCGUGGUGUCCCUCAUCAUUCUCCAUGGGGGAAGAGAGCCCCAGAGUCCAAGAGGGAUUGCAGUCUAUUUCUGGCGGGGCCACACAGGGAUCAAGUACAAGGAACCAGUGGAGAGCUGCCCCAUCCAUGCUGUGCGCUGUGAUGGGAUCGUGGACUGUAAACUGCGGAGUGAUGAGCUGGGCUGCGUGAGGUUUGACUGGGACAAGUCUCUGCUUAAAGUCUACUCCGGGUCCUCCCAUCAGUGGCUUCCCAUCUGCAGCGACAGCUGGAAUGACUCCUACUCAGAGAAGACCUGCCAGCAGCUGGGUUUCAUAAGUGCUUACCGGACGACCGAGGUGGCCCACAGGAAUCUUGCCAGCAGCUUCUCCAUCUCCAAAUACAACUCCACCCUCCAGGAAAGCCUCUACAGGUCUGAAUGCCCUUCCCAGCGGUAUGUCUCUCUCCAGUGUUCCCACUGUGGACUAAGGGCCAUGACGGGGAGGAUCGUGGGAGGGGCGCUGGCCCCAGAGAGCAAGUGGCCUUGGCAAGUGAGCCUGCACUACGGCACCACUCACAUUUGUGGGGGCACGCUGAUCGACGCCCAGUGGGUGCUCACCGCUGCCCACUGCUUCUUUGUGACCCGGGAGAAGGUUCUGGAGGGCUGGAAGGUCUACGCAGGCACCAGCAACCUGCUCCAGCUGCCUGAAGCAGCCUCCAUCUCCCAGAUCAUCAUCAACGGCAACUACACGGACGAGGAAGACGACUAUGACAUUGCCCUCAUGCGGCUCUCCAAGCCCCUGACCCUGUCUGCUCACAUCCACCCUGCCUGCCUCCCUAUGCACGGACAGACCUUCAGCCUCAAUGAGACCUGCUGGAUCACAGGUUUUGGCAAGACCAAGGAGACUGAUGAGAAGACAUCCCCCUUCCUCCGAGAGGUAGAGGUCAACCUCAUCGACUUUAAGAAAUGCAAUGACUUCUUGGUCUAUGACAGUUACCUUACCCCAAGGAUGAUGUGUGCUGGGGACCUCCGGGGAGGCAGAGACUCCUGCCAGGGAGACAGCGGGGGGCCCCUGGUCUGUGAGCAGAACAACCGCUGGUAUCUGGCAGGAGUCACCAGCUGGGGCACGGGCUGUGGCCAGAGAAACAAGCCCGGUGUGUACACCAAAGUGACUGAAGUCCUCCCCUGGAUUUACAGCAAGAUGGAGAGGGAGGUGCACUUCCGGAAAUCCUAAGCAGCUGGACUGUCCCACCUCACGGCACUGACCAAAGUGACUGGGCCAUCGGCAGUGUCAUCUAGGCUAAAGGCCACCAGGCACCUUCGUUACUCCUACCUCUACUAUCUGCUGCCUCUGUGAAUAUGCACGCAUGUGUGUGUAUGUGUGUGUA